AUGUAUACUAGAAGAAAAAGAAUAAAACAACUUGACGUUGUUUAUGACAGUAUUACAAGGGAUGAUAUUCCAAAGAGAGGAUAUUAUUCUGAAUUGGUAUCUGUUUUAACUAAUGAAGAUCCUUCGCAAGCAGUCGCUUCUCAGCAACGUAUGAAAUUAAUAUUAAGAGCCAAGACAGAUAGCCUAGCGCCUAACUUACUGUCACUGCCGAAGCCACAAAAGCCAACAGUUUUGCUACCUCCAGGACGCUGGACAACUUAUAAGGAAGAUGAUAGCAUUCAAUUCCCCUUUGAAACAUUUGUGCCAAAACUUCAGUUCCUUAGUAUUGUCAUGCCUAAGGAACUUCCAAGAUUAGUCAAGAUCGAGCGGCUACGUAGGAAAUUCCUAGCUGCUAACAUAAAGAAAACUAUACGUGGUCUAGAUAUAGAGCCAUACUUAUUACUGCCAGUGGAAGAGUACAAGCUCAGUGAUCAAGAAUACUAUGCCAUUUAUAGCCCUUUUCCCAAAUUUAAUCUCGACAUCUUCGACAACACGGACUUCGACUGUCGUGUUCCUGAAGAAUGGAUGUCACUGGGUCUGAUUGAUGGUGAGCAGCAUCCUUGCCCAGGUUUGGCUUUAAUACCCAAAGUGGACGCACGACCAAUGAAUGGCGACUUAUUCCAUUAUCUCAAUAACCUUUACGAGUGGACCAACGUCGCAGCUUUAGGCCAUGACCCAACAACUGGAAGAUGGGAUAUUAUGGCUUUGGAUGGUACCAAGAGAACAUAUUCCAUUCCACGGAUUCGUCUCUUGUUUAAAGCGGAUGAUCCCGACACUUACGCUAUGCGGCUCAAGUUUGCAGUGGAGUUUCGAAAGGAAGUUGAGAAUAAUAUAAGAUUCUAUCAAUAUUUAGAUUGUCUAAUACUGCACGGACUGCCUAUACAGCCGCGGCACUUUAUGCCUAAAAUCGUGAAUCUGGUUCUCAUCCAUCGUCAGGCCAAAGAACUUCAUAAGGAUCAAUUUUUUCAACUUCAGAAAGAGGUGGAAGUUCAUUACCAAAAGAUGGAAGGGAAAAUGAGAAUAAUUAACACAAUACAGAAACAUCGAGAUAUCUAUAAGUUUAUCGAUGUUCCUACCAAAGAUUACGUGGCACCUGUACCGGACUACGGCAGAUAUCCAUGCAUCAUGGAAGAUUUUGCAGGACGUAGGAAGCACAACAUGUGGUUCUCUUUGUAUGUGAUCCGCGAAGCGAUAUCCUGCAUCCACAUGGUCGUUGAUGAGUGUCUUAAGGUGGAGACCAUGUUGUUCUUCACGGCUAACUACGGGAGGAAUGUCGACCUGGUAGAGUUUGACGCAGCGCAGCAGCAUUGUACAAGUAUGAUGUUGAAAUAUUUGAACAUAACUUGGCUGAACAACACUGCUCAUGCGAUCAGGAUGUCGUUUCGUGAUGUUGGCAAAGGUUGGUACAAUAUUUACGAGAAGAACUGGGACUUUUACGGCGUUAGCAAAUUGUCAAGACUAAUGCAACUUAUCAGGUUUCGCAUGCAGUACGCCCUCAGGUACUGCAUCGAACAGUCAAUGACUAUGUUCGUGAGUAUGUGCGAGACACCGUGCUUAUGCACCUAUGUGUGUGAAGACGACUACGAGUGGGAUCCCAGCGACCUCAUCAAUACCCCCUUCCGUUCAGUCGUGACCCUCUUCUAUUUUUACAUCCUGAUGUCUAACGAUGGUCCUUAUUAUACUACAGAGCCAGAUCAAUUUUGGAUCGUGAUCCAAAAGCUGUUUAAAGAGAUGCUGUAUCGGUGUCACUUCAUAAAACAAGUGCACCCCAUGAUCGUAACUGGCCUUGUGUUUGAUAAGGAGCUGUACCUUACGUCUGUUGGUUUCCUGGAGCCAAAUGUGGUGGACUAUUGGGAGAGGCUAAAGUUAGCCUAUAAGAAGGCGAUAAUACCUCUUAAAGCGUACAAGCGUCAGUUCGAAGAGUACAAGGAUAUUUAUAAGUUGGAUAUUGAAGCUUAUGUUGAAGAAUUUCGUACAGAGAAUCACUCUGCAUCGGAAACGAAACAAGAAAUUCAGUCUCAUUACGACGCCAAGCAGGAGCUAAUAUGGCGCCUACCCCAAUACAUUAGCAUUGGACCUUUUGCUAUCAACGUGGACACACUUAAGCAACAGUUAGUGACAAAGAGAGAGAAUAUAAUGAAGGCUCUUUUGGUGAUGUGGAGUGAGGAGGUGCGACUGGUGGUGGACGACGUUUUACAGGCUUACAAAAAUAUUAUGCGUAAAUUAGGCGAGAAACCUAACACUAUUGAGCAUGUGUUUGAGAUCAGAGAGUGGAUGGAGUCGAUACCAUUUGCUUUGAAGACGCAAGACGACAUUAUGAAGAGAGUACACACGAACUAUGAAGUCCUCGAUGCGUUUUUCUAUUCAUUGGAGAACGAAGAUUUCAGAGCGCUUUGGGAAGCUGUGGGCUGGCCUCAACAAAUAAAUAAACAGGUGGAUGAGACCACUCUAUUCCUGGAGGAGGAACAGGAGAAGUUCUGGAAGUUGCACCAACAAGAUGAACAGACUCUAUUUGAUAGGAUCGACAUUUUCACUGCUCAGUGCAUGCAACUUACCUUGCAGUCCGAUUUUUCAAGGGUUCAUGAAAUAGCUAACGACAUAAAGAAAGCGUGGAAAGGCAUGAAAGAAUCACAGGACUGGGGACGUGUCCUCAACACGCGCCAAAAACUAUUCGGACAGCCUAUUGUCCCAUUUGCUGACCUGAACAGGUUGGUGAAAGAGUUUGAGCCCUACAGGAACUUGUGGGUGACUGCAUCAGAUUUCCUAAAGUCCCGCGAAGUAUGGUUCGACAACCCCCUCAUGUAUGUAGACGCUGAUUCAAUAGAACCGUCAAUAAAUGAAUAUUACAAAACGAUCGUGAAGUGCAUCCGGACUUUCGCAGAUCUUCCUAAAGUGCAGUCCGUCGCAAAUACCAUUCGAGACGCUAUUGAUGAGUUUAGACCUUUAAUUCCUGUGCUACAAGCCGUGAGGAACCCCGGCAUGAAGGAGAGGCACUGGAACGAGUUUAUGGAGAAAUCGGGCAUAACUGUAACGAUGAACGAGAAGCAAACAUUCCAAAUGUGCCUGAAGCAAGGAGUGGCUGAGCACGGGGAGCUGAUCGCGGAGAUCGGCGAACUCGCCUCCAAAGAGUACGUCAUCGAGCAGUCCCUGGAUAAGAUGCAAGGAGAUUGGGCCACCAAGAUUAUGGAGCUCUCGCCUUAUAAGAAUACUGGUACACAUAUAAUGAAGAUAGCGGAUGAGACUCUUCAAUUAUUGGAUGAGCAUCUCCUGAUAACCCAACAGUUGGGAUUCAGCCCUUUCAAAGCGGCCUUCGAGCUGCGUAUCCAGGAGUGGGACGAUAAACUGCGGCUCACACAGAAAGUUGUCGAACAGUGGAUAGAGUGUCAGAAAGAAUGGAUGUAUCUAGAACCGAUCUUUAGUUCUGAAGAUAUAUCUCGACAGCUUCCAGCGGAGGCGAAAAAGUACAACACCAUGGAAAGAAUCUGGCGCCGGACCAUGACUGCUGCUGUAGCUUGUCCUAAGAUAAUGAUAAUCUGCCCAGAUAGUCGCCUCCUAGAUAGUUUGGUGGAGGCGCGCCACCUCCUCGACGUGGUGUACCGAGGCCUGAACUGUUACAUGGAGCUGAAGCGGCUGCGCUUCCCGCGGUUCUUCUUCCUGAGCGACGACGAGCUGCUGGAGAUCCUGUCGCAGUCGCGUAACCCUCGCGCUGUGCAGCCACAUCUCAGGAAGUGCUUCGAGAACAUAGCCAAGGUGACCUUCCAACCAGACCUGAAGAUAACUCACAUGCACUCGAGCGAGGGCGAGAUCGUGGAGCUCAAGUACCAAUUCUACCCUACGGCUAACGUGGAACAGUGGCUCCUGUUGUUAGAAGAUACUAUGAGGCACUCCAUCCGUCUCACGCUGAUCGCUGGUCUGGAAGAACUGUGGGAGAUACCACGAGAGCAGUGGGUGCUGCGUUGGCCGGGACAGGUGGUGAUCGCAGGGUCGCAGACUGCAUGGACUGCCGGCGUUGAACAUGGCAUCGAAGAGUUUCGUAUUGACCAGUUCUUCGAAGAGAUGCUGCAACAGCUGGAGAGUCUCCGCGCUUUGGUGAAGAGCGACCUGACAUACUUCCAGCGCGAAGUGUUGUGCGCUCUUAUCGUGAUAGAGGUGCACGCGCGUGACGUCACGAACACGCUCGUGGAAGAGAGCGUGCGCCACGUGUCAGACUUCCAGUGGAUCUGCCAGCUCAGAUACUACUCAAAUGUAAAGGCCAUGUACCCCCUGGAGCCUGGUGAACUGCCCGAGAUCUACCAAGAUGAGGAUCGCCUGGACACGUCGGCUUACUAUCGGCAGUUCAGUCAGAACACGUGUGACGUGCGGGCUCUUAACUCCGUGUUUACGUACCAGAACGAAUACUUGGGCAACAGCGGUCGGCUAGUGAUAACGCCACUGACAGACCGCUGCUACCUGACCCUGAUGUGCGCGAUGCACCUCAAGUUCGGAGGGGCCCCGGCCGGGCCCGCCGGGACUGGCAAGACUGAGACCACCAAGGAUUUGGCGAAGGCCCUGGCAGUACAAUGUGUUGUGUUCAAUUGUUCCGAUCAGCUGGACUUUAUGGCUAUGGGCAAAUUCUUUAAAGGUUUAGCCGCUUCUGGCGCUUGGGCUUGUUUCGACGAAUUCAACAGAAUUGAUAUUGAAGUACUCUCCGUGGUGGCACAGCAGGUGGUGACAAUCCAAAAAGCUCAGACAGCGAAACAAGAAAGAUUCAUGUUCGAAGGUGUGGACUUGCCGCUGAAGGCGUCUUGCUCUGUAUUCAUCACCAUGAACCCUGGUUAUGCAGGUCGAACAGAACUGCCGGAUAAUUUAAAGGCUCUCUUCAGACCUAUCGCCAUGAUGGUGCCAGACUAUGCGCUGAUCGCAGAAAUCUCCCUGUUCUCGUUCGGGUUUGGCGAGGCCAAGAUCCUGGCUGGAAAGAUCACCACCACCUUCAGGCUCAGUUCUGAACAGCUGUCUUCUCAGGACCACUAUGACUUCGGGAUGCGUGCCGUGAAGACGGUGAUCACGGUGGCCGGCAACCUCAUCCGUCAGAUGCCCGACGGAGACGAGAGGCAGAUCGUACUUAGGGCCCUGAGGGACGUCAACGUGCCCAAGUUCUUAGCUGACGACUUGUUGCUGUUUAAUGGAAUAAUAUCGGACUUAUUCCCACGUGUGGAAAUCCCCAUAGUGGACUACGGUAUUAUGGAGCAGUCAAUCAGAAACAUGCUCAUCAAGAGAGGCUACGAUGACCUGUAUACGUUCAUAUUCAAAGUGAUACAACUGUACGAGACGACGGUGGUGCGUCACGGGCUCAUGUUGGUCGGGCCUGCGGGCGCCGGCAAGACUAAGUGUUACGAAGUGCUCCGUGAUGCGUUAACAGCAAUCAAAGGCAAACUGGCUCCGGACGGCUUCCCAUUCACCCCGGUGCACACGUUCGUGGUGAACCCCAAGUCCAUUACCAUGGGGCAGUUGUAUGGCGAGUUCGAUAUAAACACGCAUGAGUGGACGGAUGGUAUCCUAUCGAGCUUGGUCCGAGCCGGCAUAGCUGUUGAAGACAUGGAUAAGCGCUGGUAUGUCUUUGAUGGGCCCGUUGACGCUGUGUGGAUUGAAAACAUGAAUACAGUAUUAGACGACAACAAAAAAUUAUGCUUGUCGAGCGGCGAGAUAAUGAAGCUGACUGAUCGACAACGCAUGAUCUUCGAGGUGGCGGACCUGGCCGUGGCCUCCCCCGCCACGGUGUCGCGCUGCGGCAUGGUCUACCUGGACACGCAAGUCGUGGGCCUGCCACCCUUAGUCAACGCAUGGCUCAAGAGUAGCCUUCCAGCGUUAGCAGACAACAUCCGCAAGCCUCUACCCGGCCUGAUCAAAACGUAUUUAUACCCUGCAUUGGAGUUGUUACGCGACCGUCUCACUGAGAUCGUGGUGUCCAUCGACUCUUCCCUGGUGCUGAAGUUCCUCGAACUGCUCGACUUCAGGUUGAGGCCGCUGACGGGGAAGGAUGACAAACCACCUCCUGCAGCAGCUUUCAUAGCGACAAUGCCUCGCCUAGCGCCAUUCUGGGUGGUUUGGUCAGUGAUAUGGUCGGUAGGAGCCACAUGCGACCACAACGGCCGCGCGAUAUUCUCUGACUUCAUACGUCAGAAGACCGCUGAAGCUGGCCUGAAGCCCCUUUUCCCUGCGAAGGGCAGGGUCUACGAUUAUACUCUCCACGAUGGCGGCUUCACCGACCUGACGGAGGACGGCGAGCCCGCCGCCCCCUACUGGUACAACUGGAUGGCCAAUAUGGAGGAGUACGAGGUGGACCCUGAAUGGCAGUAUGCGGAUAUUGAAGUACCAACGUUGGACAAUGUACGAAGCGCCGCGAUCCUGGGGUACAAGAUCCAGAACUGGAACCAUGUGAUAUGCGUGGGACCCACCGGCACGGGCAAGACGGUCACCAUCACAGCCAAGCUAUCGCAUGGCUUGCAUAAGAAGUAUAUAUGCGAGUUUAUAGUGUUUUCUGCUAGAACAUCCUCUAAUCAGACACAGGACGUGAUAGACAGCAAACUGGAUCGUCGCCGGCGAGGAGUGUACGGCCCCCCUCUCACUAAACGACAAGUAUUCUUUAUUGAUGAUCUGAACAUGCCCGCACUGGAGGUAUACGGAGCUCAACCACCUAUUGAAUUGCUGAGACAGUUCAUGGAUUUUUCUGGCUGGUACGACAGACAGAAUAUCGGCGAAUUCAGAACUCUGGUGGACGUGGGUAUCGUGGCGGCGAUGGGCCCGCCGGGAGGGGGGCGCAACCCCGUCACCAUGAGGCUCAUGCGCCACUUCCACUACAUCUCCUUCACUGAAAUGGAGUUCGACAGUAAGUACUUGAUCUUCAGCAUAAUCCUAAAGUCCUGGACGCGUAACAUCAGCCCGAAAGUGGUAGUGCGCGAAGCUCCGUUCCUGACGGCCUCCCUCGACAUCUUCACGCAGCUGGUGGUGGAGCUGCUGCCCACUCCCGUCAAGUCCCACUACACCUUCAACUUGAGAGACCUCAGCAAAGUCUUCCAAGGAAUGCUGAUGACGGAUCCGGGUUUAGUAGAAGACGAAAACGACGUGAUACGUCUGUGGUACCACGAGCAUCAGCGCGUGUACCAGGAUCGGCUCGUGAACGAUGAAGACCGACAGUGGUUCAAAAAUUUAUUACACAAAAAAAUCCGUACCGAUUUUGGCAAAAACCCCACCGACAUUGUGGGUGGGCGCUUGAUGCUGUUCGGUGACUUCAUGGAUAUCGGUGCUGAGGACAGGAAGUAUAUCGAGAUCACUGACAGAGAGGAGCUGGAUGAUGUACUCGGUACUUACUUAUACGAUUACAACAUAUCUACGACUGCACCGCUGGACCUGGUGCUGUUCGACGACGCCAUCGCCCACUUGUGCCGCAUAGCUCGCAUCAUGCGCCAGCCCAUGGCCAACGCACUGCUGCUGGGCAUGGGCGGCUCCGGUCGACAGUCGCUCUCCAGACUGGCAGCCCACAUGGCCGAGCUCCUCUGCAUUCAGAUCGAGAUCACGAAGACUUACGGCAACGCGGAGUGGCGCGACGACCUCAAGCAGACCAUGCUCAAAGCUGGCGCUGACAACAAGGGGGUCGUGUUCUUAUUCUCCGAUGCACAGAUUAAAAUGGAAUCGUUCCUCGAAGAUCUAAACAACAUUUUAAGCUCUGGCGACGUCCCCAACAUUUAUGAGCCUGAAGAUUUCGAUAAAAUCUAUAUGGCUGUACGUCACGCUGUGAUGGAGAUGAACCUGGCCGCUACAAAGACCAACCUGUUCUCGUGUUACCAACGAAGAGUGCGGAGUAACCUUCAUAUUGUGAUAGUUAUGAGUCCUAUCGGUGAGGUGUUCCGCGCCCGCCUCCGCCAGUUCCCGUCGUUGGUGAACUGCUGCACAAUAGAUUGGUUCAGCGAGUGGCCCAAGACGGCCCUGGAGUCAGUUGCCAAACAUUUCUUCACCGGCAUGGGAGAAUUACAAACCGUGUCUAAUGAAGUCAUCGAUGCUAUGGUGUCCGUGUGUUGCUUCGCGCACCAGAGCGUGGUGGACGCGAGCCGAAAGUUCGAGCAGCAGCUGAACCGACUCAACUACGUCACGCCUAUGUCCUACAUGGAGAUGCUGAACGCGUACUCGGAGAUGUUUAGGAAGAAGAGGAACGCCAUACUCGGAGAGUCCAACGCUCUCAGGAACGGCUUAAACAAGUUGAACCAGACAGAAGUUGAAGUAAAAGAACUGCAGAUAGAAUUGGCGGAGCUAAAACCGAUGAUGGAGAAGGCAGCCGAGGAGACCAGGAAGGUCAUUGAACAAAUCGCCAUAGACACUGCUAUAGCUGAGGAAGCUCGCGUGAAAGUAGAAAAAGAACAAGCCAUCGCUGAAGUUAUGGCUACCGAGACAACCGCCAUGGCUGAGGACGCCAUGAGAGAUCUAGAGGAGGCGAUGCCUGCCCUGCGAGCGGCAGAACAAGCUCUUCAAGAGUUGAACCGUAACGACAUAGUGGAAGUGAAGGCGAUGAAGAAACCCCCCCAGGGGGUCGUGCUGGUCAUAGAGUCGCUUUGUGUCGUCUUUGACAUCAAACCUAUCAAGGAACCUGGUGCCUCAUUCGGUGAAAAGAUUCUGAACUAUUGGAAGCCAGGGUCGAUGAUGCUCGCGGACCCGGGCGCGUUCCUCGAGUCUUUGAUGAAGUUUGACAAGAAUUCCAUCACAGAAGACAUGAUCAAGAAACUCAAGAGGUUCAUUGUUAAUCCUGACUAUGACCCCAUGAAGAUUUUGAAAGUGUCAAAAGCGUGUCAGUCGCUGUGUAUGUGGGUCCACGCCAUGUACAAGUUCUACCACGUGAACAAGGCUGUCAAGCCCAAGAAGGAAGCUCUGGCAAAGGCUCGGGCAGAACUCGCCGCUGUGGAAGCCCUAUUGGCAAACGCCAUGGCCAAGAUGCAAGCUCUGCGCGAAGGUAUUGCCAAGUUGAACGCGUACUUGGCGGAGAAGGAAGAAGAGAAGCGUAAAAUGGAGGAAGACAUUAAUCAGUGCUUGGCGAGAAUGGACCGCGCGAACCGAUUACUGAACGGUCUAUCAAGCGAGCGAGUGAGAUGGAUCAAAACCAUCAAGGACUUAGACGUGGACAUUAUCAACAUCAUCGGCGAUAUAUUACUUAGUGCGUGUGCCGUGGGAUAUAUAACACCGUUCACAGACGAGUUUAGAAGAGAACUGUUAGGAGAAUGGAUACAACAUAUAUUGGAAGUGAACGUGCCCCACACCCACGGCGCCACUCCGCUGAGUACGCUGGGUGACGCAGUGCAGAUCAGAACAUGGCAGAUGUACGGUCUCCCGCGGGACCCGAUGUCCGUGGAGUCGGCCGUGCUAAUGUCAAACUCACGUCGGUGGCCGCUUAUCAUCGACCCGCAGACGCAAGCCAACAAGUGGAUCAGAGCGAUGGGCAAAAUUGAAGGUUUAAUAGUAUGCAAGCCAAAUGAUCGCGACUUGCUCAGAAAUUUUGAGUCAGCACUGAGAUUUGGCAAACCUGUAUUGUUGGAAAACGUUGGAAAAGAAUUAGAUCCCGCUUUGGAUCCUGUACUUAAGCGUCAAUACUUUCGUCAAGCUGGACAGUUAGUGCUUAAACUCGGUGAUUCCUUGAUCCCAUAUGUUCCCGGAUUCCGCCUUUAUAUGACGACGAAGCUUCCGAACCCGAAGUACACACCAGAAACAUCGGUCAAAGUGCAGAUUGUCAAUUUUGCUUUGGUGCCAAGCGGUCUAGCGGAGCAGCUGCUGUCGAUAGUGGUGGCGCAGGAGCGGCCCGACCUGGAGGAGCUCCGCGGGCAGCUCAUCGUGUCGCGCGCGCAGAUGGCGGCGCAGCUGGCGGAGAUGCAGGCCGACAUCCUCUACGGCCUCUCCAACAGCCAGGGCUCGCCCGUCGACGACCUGCCACUCAUACUCACGCUCGAGGCCAUCAAGAUAAAGAGCGCUGAGAUAUUGAUCAAAGUCGAAGACAUUGAACGUACGACGUUAGAGAUCGAUGCUGCUCGUGAAGACUACGUGCCGGUCGCCAACCGUGGCCAGAUCCUGUUCUUCUGUCUGUCUGAUAUGGCUAAUGUGGAUCCCAUGUACCAGUAUUCGCUCGAAUGGUUUGUGAAGCUUUUCAUUCGAUCCAUGGCGGAGACCGAGCCUAAUGAGGAGAUAAUGGAGCGCGUGGAAAUAAUAAUAGAGCAUUUCACGUUCCUUCUGUACGUGAACGUCUGCCGCAGCCUGUUCGAGCGCCACAAGCUGCUGUUCGCGUUCCUGCUCUGCGCCAGGAUCCUGCUGGACAAAGGCAUCAUUAAAUUUACCGAGUUCAACUUUCUUUUAUCCGGAGGGAAAAUAGAAAAUGAAGUACCGAAUCCAGAACCGAAGUGGAUAACAGACCGCAUGUGGAUGGAGAUCCAGCAACUGAAUUGCUCUGUGCCCUCCAUGCACAAUAUGUUGAAUGAUUUUAUGGAAAAUAUUAAAUUCUACAAAACCUAUUACGAUUCGGUUAAUCCACAUAAGCUUCCAUACCCCAAAGAUUGUACGCUGGACGCAUUCCAGAAGUUACUUAUCCUAAAGUGUUUACGCCCCGACAAGCUUAUACCAGGUUUCCAGGACUACGUGGUGGUGGGGCUGGGCGCCAGGUUCGUGGAGCCGCAGCCGGCGGACCUGGCCGCGCUCUACGCCGAGUCCGACCCGCUCGCGCCCAUCAUCUUCGUGCUGUCCACCGGCACUGACCCCGCCGCUGAUUUAAUGAAAUUCGCUGACAAAAUGAAAAUGGGUAAGCGAUUCGAGAGCAUCUCCUUGGGUCAAGGUCAGGGUCCCUUAGCCGAAAACAUGAUGAAGAUCGGCUGCGAUUUCGGCAACUGGAACUGUCACCUGUCCCCGUCCUGGAUGCCGGUGCUGGAGCUGAACGUGGAGCACAUCGCUCCAGAGCUGGUACACAAAGACUUUCGCCUCUGGCUCACCUCCACGCCUUCGCCGUUCUUCCCUGUUGCUUUACUACAGAAUGGAUACAAAAUGACAGUGGAGCCCCCUAGAGGCGUAAAGGCGAACUUAUUGAAGGCAUAUAUAAACCAAGUGCCUGAUUUUACCGAUUAUUUAAAUUCUACAGAAAAUAAAGUUUUUCAGUUUAAGUGGCUAUUAUUCUCCCUCUGCCUGUUCCACGGAGUGGUCCUGGAGCGCCGCAAAUUCGGACCUUUGGGCUUCAACAUCCCCUACGAGUUCACCGACGGAGACUUGCGCAUCUGCAUCUCUCAGCUACACAUGUUCCUGAAUGAGUACACUGAAGUGCCACUGAAGAUGCUGACGUACACUGCGGGCCACAUCAACUAUGGCGGGCGAGUGACGGACGAUUGGGACCGGAGAUGUUUGCUGAACUUGCUUGCUGACUACUAUUCGUCUGCAGUUCUCAAUGAACGCUACAUUUUCGACGAAGCUGGCGCUUAUAAACAGCAACCCUCAUCCACGAACAUCGAGGGCUACCAGAAGUACAUCCGCGCCUUGCCCCUCAACGACGACCCAUCCCUGUUCGGGCUGCACGCCAACGCCAACAUCAGCUACGCCAUGUCCGAGACACAAACUUGUCUCAAGACACUUCUAAACCUGCAGCCUCAGGAAGUGUCCGGUGAAGGUGGCGCCACUAUCGAAGAGAUAAUUGAAGAAGCUGCAAGAGAAAUACUGGAUGUCAUGCCCCAACCCUUGGACGUGCAUGCCAUUAGUCUAAAGUACCCGGUCUCGUACAGGGAGUCCUUAAACACAGUACUGAUCCAAGAAGCGAUCAGAUAUAACCGACUGUUGGGCGUCAUCAAAAGCUCAUCGAGGGACUUACUGAAGGCCUUGAAAGGACUCGUUGUGCUGUCUGAGGCUUUGGAGAACAUGGGGGGCAGCCUCUCCAAGAACACUGUACCGCACAUGUGGAGUUCCAAGGCGUAUCCUUCUUUGAAGCCACUUGCGGCUUGGACCAAAGACCUUUGCCAGCGCGUCGCCUUCAUGCAGGAGUGGGCUGACAUGGGCAUCCCCAAGGUGUUCUGGAUCUCAGGGUUCUACUUCCCGCAGGCCUUCCUCACCGGAGCCCUGCAGAACUACGCCAGGAAACACGUCAUCGCUAUCGAUACAGUGGCGUAUGCCUUCGAGACACAGCUACCAGGCCCCAGGUCUAUGUUACAGCCGCUAGUGGGCGCUCCGGCGAAGAAACCCGAUGACGGGUGCUGUGUCCGCGGCCUGUACCUGGAAGGGGCGCGAUGGAACGCCACUGACCUGGUCCUGGAGGAGUGCAGACCUAAAGAGUUGUACACAGAAAUGGCUAUAAUCUACAUGAAGCCGGAGCAGGGCCACAAGCUGAAGGAGGGCCUGUACGAGUGCCCCACGUACAAGACGCUGCUGCGCGCCGGCACGCUGUCCACCACGGGCCACUCCACCAACUACGUGAUGACCAUCGAGCUGCCCACGCACAAGCCGCAGGCGCACUGGAUCAAGCGCGGCGUCGCACUCUUCUGUGCACUCAACUAUUAG